AUGGAGCCUAUAGCAUCACCUCAGGUAUUAGAAGAACAACCGGAGAAGGGUAGUUUACAUAUUUCAAAGGGUAGAGAGCAAAUUUCUUUGUUACCAACAGCAAUUGUUUAUGUUAAGUCUAAGAACGGAACCAUCCCAUUGCGUGCGUUAAUUGACCAGGGUUCACACAUUUCAUUCAUAACGCAAGCAGCGGUUCAGUUACUGGGAAUCAAACGUCAAGCGGUCAAGGGUCAUUUUGCAGGGUUGGGCGGUGAAAUUAACGUGGUUUCAAAAUCCAAAACAGAUCUUGUUUUGCAUUCAUUGCACAAUCCAGACUGCAGCGUCCAAGUAACAGCCUUUGUUUUAGACAAAAUAACGGGAUUUCUACCUCCUCAAAGAGUUUCGGUGGCAUCAUGGCCGAUUUUAAAGGAUAUCAAGUUAGCCGAUCCGAAUUUCCACUCACCUAACAAAAUCGAUUUGUUGUUAGGGUCAGAUGUUUAUGGGAAUAUAUUGAUGGAAGGUAUUCGCAAAUGUUCAUCAGGGUCGUUGUUAGCUCAAGCCACCAUUUUUGGUUGGAUUUUAACCGGGACAAAUCGAUUACAAUCACAUGCUGCAAAUAUAGUUAGCAUGCAUGUUCAAUCGGAUGAUUUUUUGAAAUCAUUUUGGGAAAUCGAAAACGAGCCAAAGUUAAAUCAGAAGAUAAUGUCAGAAGAGGAGAAACGGUGUGAAGAAAUCUAUGCUGCAACUACUACCCGUGAUGAAACUGGACGUUAUAUUGUCAAGUUACCGUUCCGGGAUGAUAAUCCGACUUGUCAAGGUCAGACACGGGAAGCAGCUUUGAGAAGAUUUCUGAAACUAGAACAACAAUUAGCAAGGAAUGAAAACUUAAAAAGGGAAUUUAAACAAACCUUUGAUGACAAAGAAACAACAAGUAUUUUCUGUUACUCGGAGAAAAAAUCAUUAGAAGCUUCUAAAUUUUUAUUUAGCGACGCUCUCGUGCUAAGC